AUGGCUUUGUUUAGUAAACAUUUAGGGGCUACAGUGGUCAGAAGAUGGUUGUAUGUAUUAAGUAUAGGAUUUUAUAUGAUGGCUUUUGUGCCAUUUUCAGUAAUAUCAUAUGUCACUUUUUAUAAUACAUUAAUACCUAAUCCUGUGAUAAAAAUCCCAUUACAUUUCCAAGGAGUUAAAGAUCAUGUUUUACAUGCUUCUGUUGACUUAGAGUAUUAUAAAUCCCAAUUUUAUCCUACUUUGAAUUAUGACGUCAUCGUAAAUAUGGAGAUUUUGUGUAAUAGGAAUCGUAAUGAUGAUAUAUAUCCGUUAUUUACAAAUGUUCAAUUAUCAGGUCAAGUUCAUGAUAGUCAAUUUAUCCUUAAUUGUGAUGCUAGAUAUUUAUAUCACGAGAAUAACUGGUUUAUCCCAUAUAAUUUGAGGUUCUGGACCCCUCCAUUUCUUACCAAUAUCAAUAAAAAUACCAAUCUUAAAGUUAAAGCUACAUCAGUAUCGACCAAGGAUUUGGACUUCAAACAAGAUGUCAUGGUCACUAUAUCUAAAGAUAUUAUUAUCAAUAAUUAUGAAACAUUUUUAGAAUUCCAUGUGAAUUAUCAAGGGUUCAGAUUCUAUAUCACUCAAUAUUAUUACCUUUCAAUGAUAAUUGGAGUUUCGAUAUUUUGGUCUUUUGGAGUAUCUGUAAGUGCUUUGACUUGUUUAUACUUCUUUUCAAAUCAAAUGCUUGAAAACGUUACCAUCAAGGUAGAAAAACAAGAUUAG